CAUAGAAUAACAUUCGUCAUGUCACAUCCUAUUCUCAUUUAUUGCAUUGCCUCCGCCACGACUGUGGGGCACAAUAAGCAGUUUCAUUUCGACAGGAUGCAUAUGCACACUGUAUUGUUAUGUGCUCUAAUUUUUGUGAUACCCGGGCAAGGUCAAGAUUUUACAACACGAUUUCCAGAUGACUCCGAACAGACCACAGUGCACCCGAGGCUUGCCGAGGGAGAGAAAAAGAUGAGCGACAGUAUCUUGGAGAUCCUGGAGCACUUCAAACAACCAGAUCCCGUGGGCCUGCCAGGUGCUGAAGUUCCCGACCCAUAUUCUGUUCCUGAUAUGAAGCAGUCCCUCGCUUUUGGCACAGUGCUCUAUUUUAAAAACACUGCGGUUUACGGUAUCAGUAAAUUCCGCAUUGUGUAUAUAAAUGCAGAGAUUUCAGCCAUGGAAGUCCAAGCAAUAAUGACAAUAGACAAGUUACAAGCACGUGGCAACUAUACACUGUCGACGUGGGUAAACAGAGCCCAGGGACCGUUUACAGUAGACGUAUCUGGACUCAAAAUACAUGCAAAGGCGAACCUCGGUGUUGAGAGAGAUGGUAAACUGAGAGCUCAGAAUAUGAACAUAGAUAUUGGUUUCACCAACAUCGCUGUCAACUUCCAAAAUCUAGGCGUACUAGGCAGUAUAUUCCAAGGGUUUAUUAACUCUGUUGGACCUUUCGUGUUCGACUCUAUUAAACCAUAUAUCCUUAAAGAAGCAUACACAAAAAUGAGGGUAGAGAUCAAUUCAAAAUUAGAUGAAGUAGCUGGAGACAUGCAAUUUCCUAAUUCUAUUUCUCCAUUAGAUAUGAUAAUAGCUGAUGCUCGAAAAAAAGUGCAAGAAAUGGAAAUGGAUCCUUACAAAGUUAAAGAUUACAACACAACUAUGAGUAUAUUUUCUGUUUCAUUAACUCGUACUUGGGUAAUAGGAAUAUCUUCCUUCGAACGAGUUGGAAAUAUCACUCUAAGAAUAGAAAACAAUACAGCUAUCGCCGAUUUUGAAAUCGGUACUCAGAAACUUGAAGGUAUGACUCAAUGGGAAAUUACAGCAGUAGGAGAAGUCAUGUCUAGAGCAGGAACAGCUUCGUUUUCUGUCGAAUAUAUCAGUGCAAGAAUUAUUUUAGCACAACCACUUGAUACAAGAAAUCGACCUCAAAUUAGAGAUUUGGAUCUAGAAAUUGGUAAUAUACAAGUUCGCUGCGAUGGUGCUGGAACUUUGGAUUACAUUAUAGAAGCUGUAGUUAAUAUUCUACCAAAUUUACUGAGAUAUCAAAUAAUGGAUGCAAUUGAAGGUCCGCUUCAAGAUAAAAUACAAGAAGAAUUAAACAAAAUUAACGUAGAAGAGACAAUAAAACAAGAACUACAUAAAGUAGACGAAAUGCAAGAGCAAGGAUUUAAACUCUCUAAUCUAAAAGCAAACGAUAUUCAGGAAACACCAUACGAUGAAGAUGACUUCUUCAAUUUUUGAAAUAUUUACGUCGCGUAUACAACUUUACAUUCAACAUUCUGAAUAGUGCAACGGGUGAGAUAGAAAGAGAAGUUUUAUGUUACAAUCUAUCUAUUCGAAAAUUAAUUAAUUAUCUAAUUAAAAUUCAGAAUAUACCUAUUGUUCAUUCAGCACACAGUUUUCUAUUUAUGUUAUAUUUUAACUUAACAUUAUUAAUGGAAAACCUAGAAGAAUAAGUCAAUGUUUUUUAUUUUAAAAUUUUUUUAUAAUCAUAAAUUGAUAUUCAAAAUGACAAUCAAGCAUGAUUUGCUUUAAAUUUUUGUACAAAGUUAGUUAUUGUAUUUGAAAAACUAAAAGAAUCAACACUAGAAUUCAUAUAUAUGUGCAUAUAUCAUGUAGAAAGUCUAAUUGUUGUAUAAUAUUAUUACCUAUUCUGUCACCUAGGAGUCAUUUUUCAGUUUACAUUACUGUUUUGGUUUAAAGGUUUUCAAUCAAAAUAACUCAAUACAGAAAAAUAAUGCCUUAAUGUUAGAAGAGCCAAGGGCAUCAAAACAUAUUCUGUAAUUCCCAUUCCAAAUUGGAUAAGAAAUGGUAUAAAAACCAAUUACAUGAGGUAAAUCAUGUUAAUCUUUCUCAGUAGUAUCAAAAAAUCAUGAAACGCGCAAUUAUGAACUAUUUAUUUGUUUUCUUAGUGCGUUAAAUACAUACAAAUAUGAAUUAAUAUUAUUUGUAAAUAUGUAACUAGAUCAAAUAGGUUAAUGUUACAAUAAAUACUAUGUAGUACUUA